AUGGACGACUCGCCUCUCAGCCGCCUCUCUGGCGAACUGCGGAACAAGAUCUACGAAUACGCCCUUUACGAGCCCGCCGGUAUCCCGGUGCAUGUCAGCCCACCCGCCAGCAAGGAGCGCCGCACUUCCUACGAGGUUCUCUUGAACCGGAUCAACAAACCUGCACAGCCCCACAAGAGUCCACUGUGCGGUCUCCCACAGACCUGUCGCGCGCUCCGCCAGGAGACUCUGAAGCUCUGCUUCUCGUUGAACAAAGUCGUGGUGUACACGAAGCUUCUCGACAAGCAAACGUACUACGUCAACUAUACGAACUACUGCAUGCAUCAGCUGUCCAAAUGGGCAGCGCUGGUCGGCGGAGAGCAGCGAGAUGAAGUAAAAGAAAUUGUCAUCCACUGUGGCACCGCUACAGAAUCAGUCGCAGAAGUCGAGGAGAUUCCAUGCGAGCCCAUCAGCAUAUCAACUUUCGAAAGGAUGCUCGUCUUCGACAGGAGAUGGGAUGCAUGCUACCAAUUCUUGGAGAUCAAGAAGAAGAUGGCGGCGUUCUGGGACUGGAGGUCACUUCUGGCCAUGCUUCGGAGCCUGUUUCAUAACUACGACAACAUAAAAGUGCAGGUCAGGCUGUCUGUACUGCUCUGGAACUCUUGGAUGCACGUAGGGAUCAAGAGAGGAGAGAUUGAGUUGCCUGCAGAGCAAUCUCUGGGUCGAAUGAAGUUCGUUGAAGCGGGUCUUGUGAAACUUGCACCUCAGCACAGCCGGAUUUACGACCUGAUGCACCGCCCUAUCCUCACACUGCUCGCGGGACUUCCCUCGGAAGUCGAGAUAAGGGACUAA